AUGCCGCCAAGGAGACAUAUAGCAGCCCGUGAAGCCCCAACAGAGGAGGUGAAUAGAUGUGAUAAAAUCGCACAGCUGCGUCAACAAGUGGAUUUGUUGACCCAGCAAAUCGCUACACUCGCACCACAGCAACAUGUGCCUGUGGCCCAACCACUUGAGGAUUUUGAGGAUGAAAAUCCGUUUGCGCCUCUUGAUCAUCCAAUAGAUCUGCCAGUCCGAUGGGGAGGAGAUGGCCCGGAGGAGAACAGGCGCUGGGAACUAGGAUUCAAGGUUGAUAUUCCUAAGUUUCAUGUGGAGGAGGUUCUCAAAUUUAAGGAGGUUCCUGCUGAAAAGCUGUGCCUCUCGUUGCGUCAAGAUUUGGCGUGGUGGCAACAAACAAAAGUGACAAGAUCCCAAUUAGGGAAGGUUAAGAUUGCAUCUUGGGAUAAACUAAAGAAGCACAUGAAGAAGCAGCUUUUGUCCUAUAACUAUGUUCGGACCAUGUAUCAGAGAUUGCAAAAUUUGUGUCAAGGCAUGAAGGCGGUUGAUGACUAUACGACAAAAUUUUACAUGUUGAUUACUAGGAAUGAAGUGAUGGAAACGGAAGAACAAUUGGUGUCGCAAUAUGUAGGUGGACUUCGUUCCCAAAUACAGGACACGCUGAACAUGUUUGAUCCUGCGACAGUUUUUGAGGCAACACGUCCUGGUAAUUUUAGCCAGGCUGGUUCUUCUAAGCCAAAUCCUGUGCAAUCGUCAGCGCAUCCUGGGGAUGGUAUCCGUUGCUUCGCUUGCGGAGGUGUGGGUCAUAGGCAAUCUGAGUGUCCAAAAAACUCGCGUAGAGUGCUCUUUGUUGAUGAUGGGUAUGGAGAUUAUGAGAGGGCGCCCGUAUUUGAUAAUGGAGAUGAUGAGGGAACAGCAGAAGAGGAAGAGUUAGUUGUUGGUGACGUGGGCAAGCAUUGGUGUUGCAAAAAUGUGGUUGCUGAGGAGGUCAUUAAGAAGCUGGGUCUGCAGACUGAGAAACAUCCCAAAUCGUAUGAGUUGGCUUGGUUGAGGAGGAGUAGUGAUGUUGAGAAAAUUGUGUUACUACCCGACAAGAGCCCAAUAAAAGUAGUUGGGGAUGGUACCAACUUGUUAACUAGAGCAAAAUUUGAGACAGAGAUGGCAGAAUCUGGUUUAGUGUAUGUGUUAGUAGGCAGAAGAGUUUCAGGAGCUUUUCUAGACGAGCUUCUAGAGGGACUGUCACUACUACGGGACAUUCAGCAUCAGAUUGAUUUAGUACCUGAUGCUACUCUACCUAACCGGGCGCAUUACAGGAUGAGUUCUACUGAACAUGAGGAGUUGCGCAGACAAGUGGAGGAACUUUUGGCGAAGGGACACAUCAAAGAAAGUCUUAGUCCUUGUACUGUUCCUGCUCUCCUUAUGCCAAAAAAGAAUGGCACGUGGCGUAUGAGUAUGGACAGUAGGGCGAUUAAUAAGAUUACGAUCCGUUACUAUUUUCCUAUUCCUCGCUUGGAUGAUUUGCUAGAUCAGCUUACCAGUGCUUAUGUGUUCAAUAAGCUCGAUUUGAAGAGUGGGUACCAUCAAAUUUGUAUCGGACCUGGGGACGAGUGGAAGACGGCCUUUAAGACAAUAGAAGGGUUGUACGAGUGGUUAGUAAUGCCAUUCGGUCUUUCCAAUGCGCCUAGUACUUUUAUGCUAGUAAUGAAUCAAUCUCUUCGUCCAUUUAUCAAAAAAUUCAUUGUAGUUUACUUUGAUAAUAUUCUGAUUUAUAGUGCUAACAAUGAUGAUCACGUCCAACACCUUCAAGAAGUUCUUUCAAUCCUUUGCAGGGAUGAGUUUUACGCUGCAGUGAAGAAGUGUAUUUUUCUAACUGACCGUGCUGUGUUCCUGGGUUAUGUGGUGUCGAAGGAAGGGUUGGCGGUUGAUACAUCAAAGCAGAGGCAAUUAGUCAGUGGCCACAGCCUAAGACCAUUACAGAAGUGCGAAUGGACUCCCGAGGUAGAGUUAUCCCUUCAGUUGAUUAAGCAGAAAUUGACAACUGCCCCAAUUUUGGUGUUGUCUGAUUUUACUCAGCCAUUUGAGCUACAUUGUGAUGCUUCGAAGGUGGGAAUUGGUGGUGUGCUGAGCCAGAGCAUUGCGUAUUUCAGUGAGAAACUCUCUGGCCCUAAGUCUCGAUAUAGUGCUUAUGAUGUGGAGUUUUAUGCAAUAGUUCAGGCGGUUCAACAUUGGCGUCAUUAUUUGUUACAGAAGAAGUUCAUUCUGUAUACUGACCAUGAUGCCUUUAAACACCUUGGUACUCAAGAUAAGGUGUCUGCCCUGCAUGCUUCUUAG